CCUGCCCCACAAGCCAGCCUGAAGCAGAUACUGCAGAUUCUUCUGAAGAUGAAUGUAAGUUUGUGUCCAGAAAAGAGAUGCACCAACUCAACCUGCAGUACAACCAGCUCCGUGAUGAUUAUGAAGCUCUGAAAAGAGAACUGUAUGCCACACAGGAAGAAAAUAAACAUCUGAAGGAGCAACUGAAGCAGUCCAAGUUUGGGUUUGAUUCCAUAAAAGACACAAAUGCUAAAAUAUUUUUUUUUACUGGUUUACAAUCAUUACAAAUGGUUAUGUGGUUGCUGGAUAUUGUAAAAAGAAGCACACUUGUGCUUAAGGGUGGGUUAAGUUGGGAGAACCACCUCCUUUUGGUUCUAAUGAAAGUAAGACUUGGACUCACCAACAGAGACCUUGCCUACAGAUUUGGGCUUCCAUUCUCAACUGUAUCAAAAAUACUAAGAGACUGGAUACCCAUGUUGUCCUCAAUAGUGAAACCUUUGAUAAUGUGGCCUAGUAAGGAUGCAGUGAGAGCAAACAUGCCAAAGUGUUUUCAACCCAAAUUUAGGAAUUGUCGAUGUAUUAUAGACUGUACUGAAAUCUUUAUAGAAAGAACACACAAUCUUAAAGCAAGGGCUGAAACCUGGUCAAAUUAUAAGCACCAAAACACAAUGAAAUAUCUAAUAGGAAUCACACCAGCAGGAGCUAUAUCUUUUUUGUCUAGUGGGUGGGGAGGUCGUGCCUCUGACAAGGUAAUAACUUUAGAUUCUGCCUUUUUGGGUAAACUUGAGCAUGGUGACGAGAUCCUUGCAGAUAGAGGUUUCCUUGUUAGAGAGGAUUUGGCCAGUGUAGGAGCAACAUUAAGAAUACCAAGUUUCACGAAGGGGAAAUCUCAGUUGCCAGGUUCUUGUGUUGACACUUCACGCCAGUUGUCAAGAGUCUGCAUACAUGUGGAACGAGUUAUUGGUCAGCUUAAAACCUUUAAGAUACUGAACACUGUCAUACCCAUCAGCCAAGUCGAUAUGCUAGAUGACAUUUUGACCAUAUGUGCUGGUCUUACGAACCUUAGGGGGGCUGUGGUGGCCCGGCGAUAACUGUGUUCAGAGUCAAGGAGGUGUACAUUAUUUUCCAUGAUUGUGUCAGGCUUUUAAGGGCUAAUGAGGGCAAUGGUGGUCACUUACUACUUGCUCUCACUGUCUCUCUCACUUACUCAUCACUCUCUUUCUCUCUGACUAUAAAAUUAAUAACAGUUAUGAAUAACUAAAUUUGAUCAGACAGGAUCAUUCAGAGUUCAAAAAGGUUGAGAACCACGCACGCAGAACUAUUUCAUUUAUUUAUGAUAAUGGAGAAACUGCGUUUAAAGCUGACAUGGCAAAUAUUGAACAUGAACUGAAUGUUGUAAAUGCAAUAUAUUGAAGGCAAUGCAAUUAAAGUUAAAUGUACAUCUCAACAAUGAAUGAGUGUACAUAAUUAAUACUAUAUGAACUCAUUUAACAUUUAUACCUGGACAUUU